AACAUUUUCUUCUAUUUCUUUGCGCAGUUGCCUUCGAGAAAAGAAAUCGAAAAAAUGCCCAAGGGAAAGUGGAUUGACAAGAAGACUGCCCAGCACUUUACGCUGGUGCAUCGCCCGCAAAAUGAUCCCCUCAUCCACGACGAAGAUGCGCCGUCCAUGGUGCUGAACCCGACACAGACGCCUGCUGGAACGAAAGGAAAGAACCUGGGCGAUCUGGCUUCCGAAUUUGGUGGCUCCGAGGCUGGCUAUAUCCGCGACAAUGAAGGUGAAGCCGCCACAUAUGGUGUGUACUUUGACGACUCCGAGUACGAUUAUAUGCAGCAUUUGCGAGACCUCAACACUGGCGGUGGUGAUGCCGUCUUUGUCGAAGCCGACCCUGGCAACAAGAACAAGAACAAGCAGUCGCUAGAGCAGGCUCUUCAGCAGCUUGACCUUGAGCAAAAGUCGUCAGAUGUGCUUGACGAGCAAAUCCUCCCCUCCAAGAACCUCACAUACCAGUCAUACCAAGUACAGCAGGAUGUGCCUGAUGCUAUUGCUGGAUUUCAGCCCGACAUGGAUCCCCGUUUGCGCGAGGUCCUCGAGGCCCUCGACGACGACGCAUACGUUGAAGACGACGACGAAAUCUUCCAGGAGCUCGCCAAGGACGGCCACGAGCUCGACGACUAUGAGUUUGAGGAAAACUAUUAUGAGGACGAGGACGACGGUUGGGAGUCUGAUGACACCGCCAAACCGAACAAGGAAUACCAGAACGACGACGAGGUCCCACAGCUAGUUAAGACAACAGAAGAGCCGGAAGAAGGCCCGUCGCAGGACUGGUUGAACGACUUCAAACAGUUCAAAAAGGAGCAAAAGGGCGGUCGUGUUCCUGUUGCGCCAUCACAAUCUGAGCUUCAGUCCACAUGGACAACCACAACAAACGGUGGUCGCCGCAAGAAGAGAAAGGGAGCUUUGACGGAAGCGUCAAACUACUCCAUGACUUCGUCGUCGCUAGUCCGCACAGAGCAGCUAGGUCUGCUUGAUGAGCGAUUCGACGUCUUGGAGCGCAAGUACAACGAGGACAUGGAUGAUAUGGGCUCCGUAUCGGGUAUCUCGACAGCGUCUAGCGUUCAGGGCCCUAUUCGUGGCGACUUUGACAACAUCUUGGAUGACUUCCUGGGCAACUUUACCAAGCCUGGCAAGAGAACAUCGAAGAAAACCAAGGCUCAGACUGGACUCGAGCAAUUGGAAGAAAUUCGAAGAGAGUUGGGUCCCGCAAGAAUAAAGGGUCGCAAGUGAGCAGUGGGAAAAAAAAAGAGGUUGGCAGACCAGGGGGUGGAAAUGAUAACUGCAUGAUUAAUGUCCUUUGUUUUACCGGAGCAUAUUGUUUAUAGAAGCCAAAAUAUAAAAGUAAUUUUCUUUUGUGGAAAAGUUCCAACGAUAU